AUGAAGAAGGAGGAGAUGAAGAACAGCAGCAACAAACGAGAAAGAACAACAACAACAACAACAACGCGGACGUCGGAAGUCGCGAGGGAGUUCUACUACUCGUCGCGAAUCUUUUCGUCGCGUUGUGCAACGUCCACGUCGUCCGAUUUUUGUGAUGAGAUUUUUGGAUAUCAUCCAAAUGCGGCUUGGAUGAUGAUGAAGAUGAUGAAAAGAAACGAAGAAGAAGAAGAAGAAGACAAAUGUUCUGAUUAUUUAUUUGCCGCGCAUUCCGCGAAAGAGAAGAAGAUGACGACGAUACACGAACCGAAAGUGCACACGUGGACAUCGAUCGCGAAAUCGCUGUUUGCCGGAGGGAUCGCCGGUGGGGUCUCGAGGACCGCGGUGGCACCUUUGGAACGAUUGAAGAUUUUACAGCAAGUCCACGGUCGGACGGCGACGGAGUACGGGACGGUGUACAGAGGAUUGAACACGAUUUUACGAAAAGAUGGUCUGAGAGGGUUUUUUAUCGGGAACGGGGCGAACUGCAUACGGAUCGUUCCGAACUCUGCGGUGAAGUUUUUCUGUUACGAACGCAUAACGGAUGCGAUAUUUCAGUUUCGGAGGACUUUAGACCCGGAGUGCGAGAUGAACGUGUUUAAUCGGUUAGCCGGCGGUGCUGGGGCGGGGAUUAUUGCGAUGACGUCGGUGUAUCCGUUGGAUAUGGUAAGGGGGAGGUUGACGGUGCAAGCUGGGACGGUACAUCAAUACAACGGGAUGGUGGACGCGACGAGAAAGAUCAUCCAGCACGAAGGCGUCGGGAGCUUGUAUAAAGGUUUAUUGCCGAGCGUGAUUGGGGUGAUUCCGUACGUUGGUUUGAAUUUCGCCGUGUACGAGACGCUGAAGGAUAUGUUGGCGGCGAAGUUAGAGUUGAAAUCGAGCAAGGAGUUGUCUGUGGCGCAAUCGUUAACGUGCGGCGGUUUCGCCGGCGCGGUUGGUCAGACGGUGGCGUAUCCUUUCGACGUGGUCAGACGACGUUUACAAGUCGCCGGGUGGCAAGGAAGCGCGAGUAAGACGAUGGAGAAAGCGAAGUAUAGCGGAAUGAUGGAUUGUUUUGGUAAAAUUGCGAGAUAUGAAGGUGUUGGGGCGUUUUUUCACGGCUUGAGCGCGAACUACAUUAAAGUCAUGCCGAGUAUCGCCAUCGCGUUUGUGACUUACGAAGAGGUGAAAAGAGUGUUGCAGGUGGAUUUACACAUUUCGAGCGGCGGAUAA